AUGGCAUCGGAUGACAGUGAAAAAACUGCUUGGUGGAAGUUUAAAUACUUUUUCAAACUUUACUGGAAAAUUAUCUUUACGAUUACUUGGAAUCUCCUACUUUCAUCGUUGUUUUUGGGAAACAACUCCCUGGUAUCAAAAUGCUAUUACGUGUUCAACUUGAUGGCCGGGUACUGGGUGACGCAGUGCCUGCCAUUGGGGAUGACGUCCCUUUUGCCUUUACUGCUGUUCCCGUGCCUCGGCAUACUAAGCAUCAGAGAUACCGGCGCGUGUUACAUAAACGACGCGACAAUGAUCCUCAUCGGUGGUUUUAUUCUUGCCACCGCCAUCGAGGACAGUAACCUCCACAUGCGCAUUGCCCUCAAGGUCAUACAGGUCUUCAGCUACAACCACUACUCUCUGCUCAGUGGGGUUAUUCUGGUCACUUAUUUCCUAUCAAUGUGGAUCACCAGCACCGCGGCCACUUCCAUGAUGGUGCCCAUCGUCUUGGCCGUGUUGGGCGGACUAGAAAGAGAGGGGAUUGGGCGGGUGUUCAUCAACACCGAAAAUCUUGAAAAUCCAAACGGCCAGCCUAUACCAACCGAUUUGACAACGACAUACCUCAUGGGAACGGCGUACGCGGCGAUGUUGGGCGGUUCUUCGACUCUCGUCGGUUCACCCUCGAACCUCGCCUUCAAGGGUAUUUUCGAAAAAAUAUUUGUGUGCGGCCCAAAAAUUGGAUUUUGGCAGUGGAUGAUGUUUGCGGUUCCCUUCACAUUAGUCAUUGUCGUGAUGACAGUCAUUAUCACGUUCUUUUUCAUGAGUCGCCAACUUAAUCAACAUAAUAGUCAGAGCAGCCAAAACACUGGUAUCAUAGGCCAAAAUAGAAACGCCAUGAAAAAGGUUAUGGGAGAAAAGUAUGCUGAGCUGGGAAAGAUGACCACUGACGAAUUGGGCGUUGCCAUUAUGUUUGUUCUCUUCAUCAUUUUGUUGGUCACACGCGAGCCCGGAUUCAUGCCUGGAUGGGCCAGUAUCUUGCCAGGAGAACAAAUUCCAGAGUCGGCGUCGAUCUUAUUCGUAUCUCUUCUAAUGUUCCUCAUUCCCAAGGAUCUCGAUUUUCUAUACGUCUGGACUAAUGAUUCAAACAAAAGGCCAAAAACAUCAUCGGAGGGUCUUGUGACGUGGAAAUCAAUUGAGACAAGAAUGCCCUGGAGUUUGCUGUUUUUGUUAGGAGCAGGCGUCGCUUUAAUAUAUGGAGCGGAAGUAUCUGGCAUGUCAAGUAUUCUAGAAAAAAAUUUUAAGGAUUCUUUAGAUGGCCAGGAGCCGGACAACAUUUUAUCGGCAAUGCUUAUCUUUGUGGGUAUAGUCACUAAUAUUACGCCCGAUGUCGUGACAGCAAACAUUAUGCUGUUAUAUAUCUCAUGUAUGAGCACUUCUGCGAAUUUAAACCCGCUGUACAUGGUACCGGGAGCACUGAUGUGCUCAUACUCGUUUGUUUCGUCAUUUGGAUCUCCAUCCAUUGCCAUAAUCAGAAGUGCUUGUCACGUGCGAGUAAAAAGUGUCAUACUUCGUGGAUUGGGUCCUGCGAUUCUGAUUUAUUUUCUGUUACCAAUUUUUUAUACUAACUUUGGUGCCAAAUAUGUUUACCUUGACGGAACCCAAAGCGUAGAUUGGUCGAAUAAAACACUUAUUACAGAAAACGAAUUAAUUACGAACACCUGCGAUCAAUCGAUAGUACCUCCAUAA